AAGGCGCAGCUCUUGCUUUCAUUUCUUCAUUACACCACAACCUAACAUAACUGCUUUUUUCUUUCUCUAUUAAGUAUUUCUCCUUUCUACCUAUUGCAAUACUAAACAAAACAAAACAUGGUGGCUUUAGUUGCUAAAGAACCUGCUGUUCCUUUGGUUUCCCGGACCGGAAGACAUUUACAACGUUAUUGUCAGAAGGGUUUUCGCCAAGUUGUCGGAUGUAUACCAUAUAGAUAUAAAGGGAUUAAGCAAAAUGAGCUUGAGAUUGAUGAGGAAGACAUAGAAGUUCUUCUCAUCAGUUCCCAAAAGGGCAAAGGGAUGCUCUUCCCUAAGGGAGGUUGGGAGAUUGAUGAAUCUAUAAAACAAGCGGCUUUAAGAGAAACUGUGGAGGAAGCCGGGGUAACCGGAAUUGUAGAGUGUGAAUUAGGUACAUGGAAGUUCAAGAGCAAAUCACAUGACACUUAUUAUGAAGGACACAUGUUUUCUUUACUUGUUAAGGAGCAAUUAGAAAUCUGGCCGGAGAAAAAUGUCCGAAAGAGAACUUGGAUGAGUGUGGCAGAAGCCAGAAAAUCUUGUCAAAGUCAAUAUGGGUGGAUGAAGGAAGCAUUGGAUAGAUUGGUAGAGCAACAAACGUCUCAACGACAACAACCUAAUGAGGAAUAACUAGUACAUCAUUCUUUGAAGCUAAU